AUGUAUGGCUGCAUCGCCAAGAAGUUCGACGGAGUUCUCAUCGAACCGAAGGUACGUGCAGCCCAGCAAUUAGCAAGCGGUCUUAUGGUCAUCCUCUCCAAGAUGUUCGAUCGUUGUGCCGGUGGAACUUUUACUGAGGAUGAUACUGUGAAUGAUGCCGCUCUCGACACCUUCAUCUUCUACGACCUGGAGGAGUUUACGGUCCCGUCAGGUGAAGCUGAUGUCAUUCACAACUACCUCCCAGUGGCUGGAGAUACGCGUGACGUGCUCUUUGCUUUCCUAGAUCGAGCUACUGUUGUGAUUGGCGAUCGCUUCGCCAAACGUGCAAUUGCAGCUUCAGGGCUGAAAGAACAAGUGGAGCUGUUGAUCACAAUUGCGCAGUGUCUAGCCGGUAAACUAGGAUACAACGACGCACUGGAUCGAGCCACUACACUCGUCGAGAAGAUCCGUGAAUUGAUGCCAGAGGAACAUCAAAGUCACUUGAAACUCACUGCGGCGUCACUGCCUGCUGUGCUACAACAAAAGAUCAGCUCAACGAGUGAGUUGACGGCAUCAGUGAGUGCUAUCACACUGCUGACGACACAAGAGGCAACGGAGGACGCACUGGAGGAAGACGACGUGUUCGACCCCAAGACAGUACUACAGACUGUAGCCAGCUGGUGUAGGAUAAUGCGUCCUAAGACAUGUCCUAAAGUGUCCUAUUUGUCCUAA